GUGACGGAAGCUGGUGCCAUGAAUGUCUUUUUGCAUUGGAAAAACGAACAAGGCGAAGAUGAAUUGAUUACGGCAUCGUUAGAGAGUGGUCUCAUUUUACCUGGAGUUACACGCCAUUCCGUGAUCCAGCUGGCACGUGAAAUGGGCAACAUCAAAGUGACAGAGCGUGAUUUUACAAUGGAUGAGCUCCGAAAGGCAGUCAAGGAAAAUAGG